UUCGUGCAAACCGUAGGCAGCCUAAAAGGAAACACAAGCGCCUCUUGCGGCCCUCGGAGUGUACGGGACGCCAUGUGACACCCUUGAAGCCAAUGCAGGGCCAGGACGCCGGUCUGUCCCGGAAAUUCAUGCCGGGCGUGCUGUUUUGUUGAGUCCGGGAAGGGAGGAUGGCAGGAGCGAUGCGGGUUCGCUUGGCCUCGCUCGCCCUUUGCAAACAUCCAGCGUUUCCACCGUGUUGCUUCCGGCGCUGCGGUCCUGUUCGGUCCCUUGUCACCCCACCCACGAGCAGGCGAAAGGGCUUCAAGAAACCUGGGCCAGUAACUUGGAAGAGUUUAGCAGUCACGGCUGUGAUUGGAGGAGGGUUGCUAGGAAUACUGAAAUAUUUGAAGAAAGAGAAAAAAGCAGCAUUGGAGAGAGAGAGUAUCCGAUCCAUCGGAAAGCCUUUGUUAGGAGGCCCUUUCUCACUUGUUGAUCAUCAUGGACAACCGAAAUCAGAUCGUGAUUAUCUGGGCCAGUGGGUUUUAAUCUACUUUGGUUUUACACAUUGCCCUGACAUUUGUCCAGAGGAACUGGAAAAAAUGAUGCUAGCAGUGGAUGAAGUUGAUAGGAUCGCAUCUUUGCCUAAUGUCACUCCACUCUUCAUCACCAUUGAUCCAGAGAGGGACAGUGAAGAAGCCAUUGCCAAAUACGUUAAAGAGUUUUCACCAAAAUUGAUUGGAUUGACCGGUACAAAAGAACAGAUUGAUCAAGUGUCUCGAGCUUAUCGUGUCUACUACAGCCCAGGUCCCAGAGAUGAGGAUAAUGAUUACAUAGUCGAUCACACUAUCAUAAUGUACCUUGUUGGGCCUGAUGGCCAAUUUGUUGAUUAUUUUGGCCAAAAUAAGAACAACUUGGAAAUUGCCGCCGGCAUCCUAAAGCACAUGAAACAAUACAAGAAAGAAGGGACUUAUUAGUUUUCUGACUAAGCAAGUCUAAAGGCAAGCAAGUCUAAAAUGCAGCUUGGGACAUUAAUUGGAGGAAAUACUCACACAGGUGGUCUGCUGUAGUGUCUUCUUAGUGCAGUUGAAUUUACUAAACCUAUACCUACAGACUAAGACUCAGUUCCGAAGAGAAGCUGGAUGUCUUUCACCAAUGAUAUUUUCUCUGGAUAUGCCUUAGCCAUAGAGUGGCUUAUUAAAAGCCUUUGGUGUUGAUGCAGAUUUACUCAGAAAGAGCCACCAAACAUAAACCACGAUGCUCUCUUCAUUAGAAGUUCUUGAUCUUGACCUGCUGAAGAGACACCUGCUGAUCUGACCUGUACUGAAGAUACCAUUGGGAUUUGUCUUCUCUCAAGUUUUAUGCAUUCCUCCUAGGAAGCGGGGCUUCUAGUCCUUUCUCGAACAGAGUGUCACUUUUUAUUUUUGAAAUAUUCAGUAGUUUACAGUAUGGCUGCUACCGGCAUUAAGCAGCGUGGUGGGAUGGGAAUCUUCACUCUUAAAAUCAAGUGUGGUGCACAGAUGAUGAAAUAAAGUGAAAGAAACUUAAAA